AUGCUAAGUUUAUUAAUGUUACUGCUGGCCAUGAUGACUUCUGUAACGGCAACUAGCGGCAACAAACAGUCCGCCCAAACCACGGUACAAUUUUUUUAAACAACUUCUGAGCAACUUUCGCUACAAAAAGAAACUUUUGACGUUCUUUGAGGAGCUUUUGAGCAACUUUUUGAGAACUUAAGGGAUUUUUGGGGGAAAUCUCGAGCAACAUGCGGAAAGCUCUCAGGACGCCACGCCACUGACAUUUGACUGAAGAAAGACGUGAUGGUGGAGAAGUGAAGAUAACACCUAUUUAAGAAGCAGGCAGGAGAAGCGAACACAUGAAAAUGAAAAAAAUGCCACCUUUUCUGAAUAUGAGACCUUAGGAAACUGAAAUUUUCAGAUAAAAAUUAGCCCAUUGUACAAGCAUUUUUCUUAUAUGCGGAAAGCUCGAGCUGUUUCUAGUAAAAGUACACAUACCGGCAUUUCUGCCUCUCAGUUUUUUGGUCAAUCAGUCGAAGGAUAACAAGAUAUAAUUUUUAUAAUUUUUAAUAUUUUCUUGUUUGAAACUAGCAAUCUCCAUCGUUUUGUUAUGGUGGUUGUGGCAUUCCCGGCAUGCCCGGCAAGCAUGGUACUCCUGGGGCACCAGGCCGCGACGGACGUGACGGACGUGAUGGCCGUGAUGGAGCUAAAGGUAAUCAAGGGUUGCAGGGGAAGACUGGACCUCAGGGACCUCCUGGUGAUAAGGGACCUGCUGGUGUAAAGGGAGAGGAAGGGGCUAAAGGAGAAACUGGAGCCCAGGGUCCUCCCGGUCAAAAAUGGGAACUUAGGCCGAUGCCGUUUAAGAAUUGGAAAGAAUGCGUCUGGAAAAACUUGAAUGAUGGAAAGGACAAUGGUCUGAUCAAGGUGAGUCGCGCAUUUGCGAUUGAUAGGCAUAAAAUUAUCAAAUUUACACACAACAUAAAGCAUGCAGCAGCCAUUUUCUAA